GAGGGCCGAGUCCUGGGUUAGGGGGCGAACUGUUGAAAAGAGAGUGAAGAACGCCUCUCACUCUGUUCAACUCACACACACAAGAGAAGCAUCAUGUCCCACUGCAGACUGGCCCGUGCACUGCACGUGCUCUCACUGUGCCUGUGUGUAGCACUGGCCAUCUAUGAAGAUGAUAUAGAGGUCAACUAUGCGGAUCCUUUCUACAAUGUAAUCACAGAAGCAGAGACAACAGAAUCCACACCAAGCACAGUACCCUGCAGUGUACCCGACCUGAGCAAAUGGGACAAGAUGUUUUCAAUGCUGGAGAACAGUCAAAUGAGAGAGAACAUGCUGCUCCAGUAUGCCGAUGACAUCAUUAAGGUGGAAAUGGACUCUCUACGGCAGGAGAUGCUCAGAUUUGUAGCUCAGUAUGGUGGUUCUUGUGGUGCAGCAGUGGAGGCAGCUGGUACAAAAGUGUCCCUUCAGCUGGACAACCAUUUUAAAGGCAUGCUGGACCGUCUCAAACCACAUGAAGAUACUAAUGUGAAAUCUGAAAACCUCCAGCUGGAGCGAGUCCUACAGCAGCUCCUCUCCACAGCUCAGUCUCAAACAGCUCGCCUGUUGAAGCUGGAGAGCAGCUGCUUCAGUGGGCCACAUUCAAAGAUGGGAUUGCAGCAUUCAAACCAGCACCAGGAGCAAGAGGUCGCUUCCCAAGAGGGACAUCUCGAAGCAACACUUGGAGCAUUACAGCAGUCAAGGACAGAUCUGGAAGAGGUGCUGUCAUCACUGAAGCAAAGAUACUUACCUGGAGGUUGUGACAUGGCACUUCUCUUUCCCAUGCGCUCACGGCGUAUCUACACUUCAGUUAUACCAGAGAUUCCACUAUCACUCUCCUCCUUCACUGCCUGUCUUUGGGUGAAGCCAAAUGCCGUCUCCAACAAAACAGUGCUGUUAUCAUAUGGAAAUCGACGGAACCCAUAUGAGAUUGAGCUGCUGCUCAGCCAUGACGCGGCCCAGCUCACUGUGGGGGGAGAGGCUCAUCUGGUGGAGGCCAGUGGAGUGCUGAAGCCAGGAGGAACCUCCCAGUGGAUCCACUUGUGUGGAGCUUGGUCCUCUGAGCAGGGCAAAGCCAGCCUCUGGGUGAAUGGUCAAAGGGCGGUGGUUAUACCUGGAGUGGCUGAAGGACAUGUCAUACCUCAAGGAGGUUCGCUGCAGUUGGGACAGGAGAGGAAUGGCUGCUGUGGUGGACGUGGGGUGCCUGGUUUUGAAGAGGGCUUUGACCAUAAGCUUGCUUUUGCGGGGAAGAUGACUGGAGUGAAUAUAUGGGACAGGGUGCUGUCAGAAGAAGAGAUUACUCAGCUUGGUCAACUGGACAACCAAAGCUGUGGCCACAGGGGCAAUGUGGUGGCAUGGGGUGUUAGUGAGAUGGUGCCACAUGGUGGAGCUCAGUUCAUCCACUAACAGACUCAUGUGCAAACACAACAAUUACAAUCAAUGUGACUCCUGCAACAUCACGAUAAGCUGCCACGUUAAGAGUGAAGACAAUAUAUCACUAUAAACUACAUUAAGAAAGGUGUAUGCAACACUUUUACAAUGAACAAUAUGCUGCAAAGCUUCUGUAAAUGGCAUGUGCUGUUCAGAGGAAACUAAAACUGUGAGAGACUGCUAAUA